CAAGGCGCCCGCGCCGGCAUGUGACUAUGUGAGCGAGCGAGAGGGCAGUGGCGGUGCUACGCGGAGCCCCGCUCCCCUCCGAGAGAAUUCGGUCGGUAGCUAGCUUCACCGGUGCAUCAGCUCGGCCCGGCGUCGUGCGCGAGGGCGGAUGGCGGACUCCACGGCCAUGACCGUCGACUUCCUCCGCGCGCGGCUGCUCUCCGAGCGGUCCGUGUCGCGCGCCGCCAAGGAGCGCGCGGACGAGCUCGCCAAGAGGGUCGCGGAGCUGGAGGAGCAGGUCCGGGCGGUGACGGCGCAGAGGCGGCAGGCGGAGCGGGCGGCUGACGAGGUGCUCGCCAUCCUGGAGUCCCAGGGCUUCGGCGGCCACCUCUCAGACGACGAGGCCUCCGACCAGGACGGCGAGGAGGAGGAGGACGCCAAGAGCCGCGGCAACACGGCCGCCGCCCUCGAGGAGGAGGAGGAGGAGGAGGAGGAGACGGUGGCGGCGAAGGGCGAGGCAGAGGACGCGCUGUCCGGGACGGCCCAACCCGCCGGCGGGCUGUCGUGGAAAGGCCGCAGCGUGAGCCCGCGCAAGGCCACGCAGCUCAAGCACAAGCACAGGCUGGCUUACUUCUACUUGCUCUCCUCCGAUUCCUCGCCCAAGUACCGCAUGGGACAGUCAUGCCGCAAGAACAGGCGGCGGAUAGAGCUGAGCAAUGGGAACAGGUCGGGGGCAACAGAAGAUGACGGCGGUGGCGCGGGGAGUCAGAAGCGGCGGCAAGAUGGGUCGGAUGUCACGGACGACGGCCAGGCGGACAUGGACGGGGAGGUGGGUGGAGAUGAGCGGAGUUCAGGGGACGGUGGAGGUGGCCAGUACGUAAUCAGGUAUGAGAAGGAUGGGGAGAUGGAGAGGGUGCUGGAGAGGCAGGCAGAGCUGAUAGGGCAGUACGAGGAAGAGGAGAAAGCUCAAAGGGAGUGGGAGAAACAGUACAACGAGAACAGGAAUGCAAAUAAGGUUGAUGUGGAGGUCAAGAAUAAGGCAUUUCAGACAGAUGCAGAGUCUAAAUCAAGCAAAAAGAACCUCCCCAUCACCAUCAACCCGUCUGCUGGAUGUCUGCCGGAUGGUUCCCUUUCAGAAUCUCCCCAAUACGCAUCACAAGAAACCGGUGCCCUGCGGCGUGAAGCAAGCAACGUGCCUGCUCACGGGCGUGCGCAAACCUCUUCCAUUUCGGCACAAGAAAGCUCCGCCACCAGCACAGUCACUAGGCAAGAUCAAAACCGGGAGGACGAAAUCUCGGACGGGGAAUCAGGUUACAAUGCGAAUGCUAAGCACUACACCAUCAAAGCACCAUCAGACGGGAGCCCCUCGAGUGACACCCUCAACAGCCCCUCGCAGUUUCAUGACAACACGGACAGCACAGCUGACACGCAGCCGUAUCGACCGGCGUCAAGCAACAUUGCGGACAUAGAGUGUGUCCUGCAGGCGCUUCAACGUGCCAGGAUAUCCCUCAGUGCCAAGCUGAGCAAGCCGGUUCCUCCCAGCCAGGUGACCUUGGCGCUCCCGGCACCGGGGGACGAGCACAAAGAAUACGACGACCUGCCGGCCAAAGAUGACAUCUCGUAUGGGGAAAACCUCAGCAGCUCAAGCCCAGCCCGUCAGGAGAUACUGGCGCUCCCGGCACCGGAAGAUUACCAUGAAAGGGAGGAUUGGCCACCGGAGUUGGACGGCGCUGCCAUUUCACAUGCCGAGAAAGCAAGCAGCUCAGGCCCUAAUCUUGAGGAGAUACUGGCGCUUCCUGCUCCAGCGAUCGAGGAUUUCGCGAAGAUAUCUGUCGGCACUCCCGGUUUAUUCCGGUUGCCAACUGACUCAUUUCCAGUGGAUGAGAAGAUGUUCUCAGGUAAUGCCUGCGGUUCAGGGUUUAGUUUGGGAGCCGCGGCUCUACCUGCCACCAGCAUUUUGAGCAAUCCUCCUCCUGCUGCUGCUGCUGCUUAUGGUGCCGCGACAUCAGUUCCAUCGGUUUCCGGAGAUGGGUCAGGGUUUUCAGCAAAGCAGCGCUGUGAUGUUCAGACUCCUGCGCUUCUCCCGGUGCCUACUCCUGGUAGGUGCAGCAUUCCCACCCCAGAUUUUUCAGUUGGGAGUGCUCCUUUCCUUCCUGGAAUUCCAGGACUCCAGCAAGAUCUGAGGAGAGCAGGGCCUCUUGGAAGUGCGGAUUUGUUCAUGCAGCGUGGUAUCGAUUACACCAUAUCCAAUAAGUGGAUGUUGUAAGCUGUAGCUAUACCAUGUCCUUUUGUUGAUGUCUUCGUUUGUUAGCAUUUGUGCCAUCGUGUGGCUGUUGUUCGGUAAAGCAGUAUAGAAGUGUGUUCUGCAGUAAUGUAGAGUGUACUGUAGUAUAGCAUACCAGCAUACCACAACACUUCUCUGUUUGCAGGCAGAAGCACUUAUGAUUGUAGUAGCGCAGACCUAUGCAAAUGUUGUGGAAAGGUACUUGAGGAUCAGCGAAGGGAACUUUGCACCCC